UUACCAGCAAUGUUCCCACGCUAGGGUUUAACAAAGGGUUUUUAUCGUUUGAAUCACUGUUGCAAAAAUGUCUUCUCUAAUGGCGAUUCGCAAAACUCGAGUCUCCAUUUUCACUUCUUCGCACAAGGUAUGUUUGUUAUACUCUUCUUCACUCUCUAUUUCCGAUAUCAAGUUCCCGAAAACCUUAACCUUAAACUCCCCGUUUUCUUCCUUACAUUCGAAAACCCUAGCAACAUUCGCAGCACCAAAUGAUGUUCAAAUUCCCCCAAACCCCUCUGGGGUUCCGCAAAAUAAGGAUUUUGGAAGCUCUGCUCAACAGUGGAAUAACCAAACCCAGAAUUAUCCGAAUAAUAAUCAGAUGAAUAUGUCGUAUCCUCAGUAUCAAACUCCUGAUCAGGUGAAUCAAGGUUAUCCAAAUUAUGGAAAUGUUAAUCCUGGUCAGGGAUAUACCCAGAGCUUUCAGAAUCAGAAAAGCCCUAAUGUUCAAAAUCAAAGCAUUCCGUAUAGGCCGAGCUCCGGUGAGCCUCGAAACUACCCGCCACCUGGGAACGUCAACCAAUGGAAUUAUCAAAAUCAAGGCUUCAGACAACAUGGAACCCCGAAUGCGGCUCCAAGUUAUCCACAAAGUGGAUAUCAGAAUCCGGAACAUGCACAAAGUCCCAAUAGAAAUCAGAAUUAUCCACAGCCUGGUGCUGGUAAUCAGUGGAAUAAUCAGAAUCAAAAUUAUGCUCCACGAGGAAGCCCUAGUCAACUAGAUUCUCAGGGACAGAGAGUCUCACCAGGAAGCGGGUUUCAAAUGAAUAAUCAAUCUCAUAACCAAGCUCAGGUUGUGCAUGAUCAAGUCCCGAGUGAUCCUCCACCUACUGUUGAUUUAAUUAGCUUGUGCCAAGAAGGUAAAGUUAAGGAGGUUAUUGAACAUAUGGAACAGGGGAUAGUUGCCGAUGCACAAUGUUUUGACAUGCUCUUUGAGUUGUGUGCCAAUUCGAAGAAACUUGAAGAUGCUAAAAAGGUGCACGAUUACUUGUUGAGAUCAAAAUGCAGGAGUGAUCUUGGUUUGAGCAAUAAAGUUAUCAAUAUGUAUUCCAAGUGUGGGAGUAUGACAGAUGCGCGCAGAGUUUUUGAUCAUAUGCGUGAUAGGAAUAUGGACUCAUGGCAUUUGAUGAUAAAUGGAUAUGCAUUGAAUGGGUUGGGGGAUGAUGGGUUGACAUUGUAUGAUCAGAUGCGGGAGUCGGGAAUGAAACCAAACGAGGAAACUUUUCUGUAUGUUUUCGAGGCUUGUGCCAGUGCAGAUGCUAUUGAUGAGGCUUUCAUGCAUUUUGAGUCAAUGAAGGCUGAGUAUGGAAUUUCUCCACAGGUGGAGCACUAUUUAGGACUUCUGGGUGUUCUAGGAAAAUGUGGACAUCUUGCUGAGGCAGAGGAAUAUAUCUCAAAGCUUCCAUUUGAACCAACAGAAGCCGUCUGGGAAGCAUUAAUGAAUUAUGCUCGUAUACAUGGCGAUAUUGAUCUUGAGGAUCAAGCUGAGGAGUUGAUGGUUGGUCUUGACCCUUCUAAGGCUGUUGCUAAUAAGAUUCCCACUCCACCAGUAAAGAAGCAGUUAGCCAUUAAUAUGCUUGAAGGAAGAAAUAGAGUAUCUGAAUUUCGCAAUCCAACCCUCUUCAAGGAUGACGAGAAGUUGAGGGCUGCGAUGAAAGAACAAGCUUAUGUGCCUGAUACCAGAUAUGUCCUUCAUGAUAUCGAUCAGGAGGCCAAGGAACAGGCUUUGCUAUACCAUAGCGAACGUUUAGCCAUUGCAUAUGGUCUGAUUAGUACUCCUGCCAGAACACCUUUACGUAUCAUAAAGAAUCUCCGUGUAUGUGGUGAUUGUCACAAUGCCAUCAAGAUCAUGUCAAGGAUUGUUGGGCGAGAGUUAAUUGUCAGGGACAACAAGCGGUUUCAUCAUUUCAAGGAUGGAAAAUGCUCUUGUGGUGAUUAUUGGUGAAGUAUAGUGGCUAAUUUGAGUAUACAUAGACUGGCUUCCACAAUUCUCAGGAUCAUCAAGAGUCUGCAUGUUGGGAUGAACGCGAUGUUGAGAUCCCUUUAAGCUGGCCGUGGCUCUGUUCAGGGUCAUCUAUGAAUUACCAAGAAUUUUUAUGUAUUGCUAAUUACAAUGCCAAAAUCACCAUGUCUUGCAAUUUAUGCAUUGCUUGCACCCUUGUGGAUAUCUAAGACUGUUCUAGUAGUUUGGAUCUUUGUUAAAGAGAUUAGUCAGCAAAGUGCCAGUCAAAUUAAUGUUCCAUUGUAUCUGCACAAUGUUUUCAAAUUGUUUUCUGGUUCUGUCACUUUAUAGGAAAAUGGAGUUUUUGACCAAUAUCAUCCCUUACGUUUCUCCCUAACUUUGAGUAUAUCCUUAUAAUAUUUCAUUUAACUGAAAUCAUCCUUUUAGUUUCAUGAAGAAUUAUUUAGGUUUUAUCUGAAAGUUGAUUUAUUUGUAGAAUUUGUUUUGGGUUAAUAGCAACCUAGAAGGAGAUGAAAAAAAAAAACCACAAGUGUGACUGCAUUCAUGGUUUUCAUGUUAGCUUUUAUCGAGGGAAGCCAGUUAAAUCUGUGUUGCAAGUGUCAGGUUCUUAAAGGAUCAACUUUUCUUGAACUUUCUCUGUUUUUAUGAAUGGGAAAGAUGGAGGCAUAACAUCAUUCAUCAACAGAAGAUAUGCUGGCUUUUGCAAGUCCUUGCUGCAGUGUCCAUAUGAGUUCUACUUGUCACACUUUACAUAGAGAACUAGAGGUAUUUCCUCUUUUUGUCUUAUUUACUGCUUUGGAAGCUUCAGUUCUUUGUUUUCAGUCUUGUUCUUCCAUUGAAGAAUUUGGGUAUUAAUUGAGGGAAUGUUAUAUUUGCUGGAACCUUAUAGGUGUAAUAAUUAUUGAACUUUUAUUUCUUGAUAUUCCAAAGUUUAUUGCUUAAAUUUUCAUAUAUUUGGACAAAUUUCUUUGAUCACUAUUUUCUUUGAGUGGUCUGUUAAUGAUUUUACAGUUGGCAUGAGUGUCCUUACCAUUAUAAUGGCUUACUUGAGUUGGAAUAGUUCCCCUUUGCACUAUUUUAGGUAAGUUAAAACCAUGUGGUUCGAAGAGUUUUGAUGGGAAUAAUUAAUGCUUUCAUUGGCUUGUGUACUGUAUUCUUGAUUUAGUUGAUUGUCUAGGAUGUUUUCUAAAUUCUGACAUAUCAGUAUUCGUAACUAAUUUGGAAUUGAAGUAUAGUUUAUUGAUGGAUUGGUUGUAGUUAGAAUUAAGAACCAUCAACUGCUGCUAAUUCAGAUGUGUGUUUCUGUAUGUCUUUUAGUUUGAUUUUCUCAUCAAUUAGUCGUGCAGGUGAAAUUGUUGUUUUAUUGAACAGGGAGUUGGAAGGGCAGAAAUCCAGGAGUUCCUAGAUGUUUCCAUAUCCAUUCUCAAGCCAACUUCACAAAUAUGAAAGGACAUUGGAGAGACUGAAGCUCAUAGCGACCGUAUGCUGCUGGAGCCGAAGAGAGAGUGUUCGGAAGUAUAUUAAAGAAAAGUAACUAUCAAUACUAAAGCAUAUCUUCAUCAAUCUGUUGCAGCGAAAUAAUCCGAGGGCAACCUUAAUGGCUGCUCUUUGUGAACUCAAUACCAAUGAAUACUUCAUGAAAUGUUCA